AUGUUCCCCACCAUCAGCGCCGCCGCCGUCCUCCUCUUGGCAUCCUCUCGCUCCCUCCUCGUUCACGCUGGACCCGCCAUUCUCUCCAGUGUGACUCCAAAGCAAGGCUCAUCCUAUACAAUCUCUCCCGCCGCUUUCCCAAACCUCUGUGUGGUCCCUUCUUCCGACGAGGACGGUUCAACCCUCAUCGUGGUCGAUUGCGACUCGUCCUGUGAGACGGAAUGGGUUUUCGACGGUACAGCUUUGAAAAAUGCUGCCUUUGACAUGUGCACCGACGCGACGAAUGGUGGAGCUUGGUCAGGUAAUCACCCACAGGUCUGGGAAUGCUUCUCCAACAACCCCAAUCAAGUAUGGCAAUACACCAACGGGCAAAUCAAAUGGUCUGGAAACAACUUUUGCUUUGACCUCACGGAUGGCGUAGGACAAAGCGGUACACAGGUACAGAUGUGGCAAUGCUUCAGUCACAAUGAAAACCAACAGUGGGACUUGACAGAGAUGCUCGACGGACCUGAAGGCAGUGCCUCAGAGUCUUCCUCCGCCUCCGACGGAGCCUCAGCCUCGGUCGCUGCCUCUGCAUCUGCGUCUGCCUCCGCAUCUGCGACCAUCACCUCGGCUCCCAGCGCUUCCGCGUCGUCCAUCGGUGGCAACCUGGCGGCUGGUGGCGGAGACGGUAUUGGCAUCGGCGUCAGCAUUGGCAUCGGUCACGGCCACCACGCCUCUGCCUCUGCUUCUGCCUCGGCCUCGGAAUCCGCCUCCGCCUCCGCGUCCGAGUCUGCCUCUGCUUCCAUGUCCGAGUCUUGGGCUCCGGGGCCUUCCUCCACUUCCAACCCUCCGUCUGGAGGUAACAGCAACCCAGACUUUUCAGGCUACCUCCAGGUCUCUGGAACCAACGUUGUCGACCCUUCAGGCAACCAAGUCAUGCUCAAGGGAACCAACAUUGGCGGAUGGCUCGUCUGGGAAGAUUGGAUGUGCGGUAUGACUGACAAUUCUGGUAAUGCCGAUCGAUUCGCUCAGACAACCUUGACCUCUCGAUUCGGUGUCGAUCAGACUUAUCAAUUGCUCAACACUUGGCAAGACAACUGGUUUGUCGAGUCCGACUUUGAUGUCAUUGCCAGCAUGGGAUUCAACUUGAUCCGUUUGCCAUUCUCCUACAAAAACUUUAUCUACCCCAAUGGUUCCUACAUCACCAACGCUCAGGGUGAUGUCGACUUUUCCCGUCUCGACUGGGCCGUCUCCAACGCCAAGCAACGAGGUAUCUACGUCAUCCCCGUUUACCACAUCUGGGAUGGACAGGAGCAAGGCUAUUCUACCAUUUCGGAGAACUCGAACGAAGGUCAGCAACAACGAGACCUCUGUGGUGCUCUUUGGACCAAGAUUGCCGCCCACUUUGCUGGAGAAAGUGCCAUUGCCGCCUUUGACAUGAUCAACGAGCCUACUGGAUCAUGGGGCAACAUCCUCCAACAGGACCUCUACACUGCCAUUCGAGCGGGUGACUCCAAGCGGAUCAUCGUCAUGGAAUCCAUCUCCUCCGCUCCGGACAGCAACUGGGAAAACGUCAUGUACUCCAUGCACGAAUACAACAUGAUGGGAGAGGACAAUGAAGGAUACAACCAGCAACAAUUCUGGAACGGGGUUCAAAGCUCUAUCAGUCAAUACAACGGCGUGGGCGUCCCGGCUUACAUUGGAGAAUUCAUGGCUUCAGGCGAUACGCUCACUUGGAUGCUACAGCAGAUGAACAACGAUCAAGUUUGGUGGUCUGGCUGGACCUACAAGACUGUCAACAUGGACCGCUGGGGUCUGCUCAACUUUGGCGGGAACAAUUGGGUCUCUGUCUCUGGCGACUCGUUUGAUUCACUCCAGUCCGCUUGGUCCAACAUGGGCUCAACGACCCAAUCUCGAGUCUACCAGAACUAUGUCACUGCUUGUGGAGGUGGAAACAACUCGAAGCGAGACGAGAUCGUCCAACAACGUACCGUUCAGCCAUUCGUUCGACCUGAUACUGUUCGAUCAGAAGCUGAGCCAGUCGUCUUCUCGCCACGGGUCCGAGCUCCCAAGAUUGGUCAGCGAGUCAAGAGAACAGCUCAUGCUGGACGUUCGAGGCGAAUGGCGAAACAUGGCAAAUCCUUUGGAAGGAUAUAG